CUAUAAGAACUGACCCUCCUUCGAUUUGCCUAGCUUCAUGCCUUUUUAAUCGCCACACCACGCAUCUCCACAUUUCCGGUUGCGUCAGUAAUUUUCAUCUCGUAGCUAGUCUCCUCCUGCGUGUGCCCGGUCUCCGUUGUGCGCGCGACCUUCAGUUCAGUGAGGACCGGACCGUCCCUGCUUUUUCAGUGUGGAACGAGGACCAGAGGAUACUGAACGCCCCAAGACCUGGUUUGCGUCGUUGGGUGGCUCUAGCAAGCAGACGAAUCUUUUUUUUUUCUUGCACGUCUGGAACACGUGAGGUGGCAGGCUCUUUGCUGGAGCGACCGCAAAACUAGUCUAUUUGUUUUGUUCAAAAACAAACAGAACCAAAAAAAAAAUAGACGGCAAAACUGGUCUAUCCAAAGACGUGUUUCCGGGGUUGGGGUCGCUAGUGAAAGUAUGCUUGCGGUUUUCUUACCUUUGCGAGAAAGUGAAAGCAUGAUUUAUGUUCGCUUUGAUAUCUUUUAUUCUUUUUUUUGAAGAAAAGUUCGCUUUGAUUUCAGUGGUUUACAGAACAGCGCUGACUUGGUCCCUGUUGUUCAGUGUAAUGCAGUUAUGUAGUUGCUGAUCCUUCGGUUUCACUCCCUCGCUUCUGGUUCAGGGAUCGCCAGUGAUCAGACCACGCGAUCCGGUUGCAUGCCGCCUUUGAUGUUUCUUCAGUCCUUUCUUGUCUCCUGUUCUGUUCCUGCUGAUUCCGGUGCUUUCACCUUACCAACGGCGCGCACGUUUGACUUGACCUAGCCACUACUCCUAUACAUGUGCACUUGUAUAUCUUCAGUCCAUUGGACAAUACGUGUUCAGUAGGAGUUAGCUCGCUACUAGUCUGCUAUCAUUGGGCAAAUGCACUUGUAAUCAGAGCUUUCCCAAUUCGUACUGGUGCGUGCCCGCCUGCGUCGAUCUUUGCCUCUGACUGAGUCCAGGCCCGGAGAUAUCUCGCCGGAGCCGAACUGCCACGAUCCCUGCUGCCGGACUCACCGCGUUCCCGACCAUUGACCGCUGCGGCGGCGGUACGCAUCCUCAUCUUCUCCUGCAUACCUUUCCAUAUUCUCCGCGCUUCUGGUUUCGAAACGAGGAAGAUUCAUUCGUGGUUGAUGGGGCUGUCAGGCUGUGUCCCUAACUCUGUAGCAAAUAUCCCUAACUCUUAAGCCGGCACUUUCACGGCACCGAUUGCCAUUAUACAAAGACCCAGCUGGUCCAAGUCAAUCACGUUCCUCUCCUGGGCCACCCAAUCUUCUUGGAAACCCGCUCCAGGCUGCGCCGGUCGCGACAUUGAAGUUUGAACGGAGCCGCGCGGCCGGUAAACAACGUAUAACUUGGGCGGCCUCCAGCUUCGCCUCGCUCCCCGUUAGCCAUGAGUCUCUUGCUACCCCGCCGCCGGCUGCCGCUUCUCCUCCUCGCCGUCUUGGUCGCCGCCUCCCAUGGCGUCCCUUCCAGCGGGGACGGCGACGGCGGCCGCUACGACCCCUCCAUGUGCUUGCGGCAGAAUUACACUUGCGGCGGCUUCAGCAUCAGCUACCCGUUCUACAUCAGGACGGGGGAUCUGCUGGGGAACACCAGCUCGUACUGCGGCUACCCCGGCCUGGAGAUCCAGUGCGAGGAAGACCAGGCGUUUCUGGAGCUCGAGAGCGGCAAGUACACCGUCACGCACAUCGACUACGACAACGACAACCUCACAGUCCAGCUCGUCGAUCCCGAGGUCCUCGACUGGAGGAACGGCUGCCCCAGAACCGACCACAACGUGACGCUCCGGAGCUUCGAAUGGCUCUUCUAUCCUAACACCACGGUCGACCUCCUCUUCUUCUUCAACUGCAACUUCCUCUCCGACUUGCCGUCUCAGCCGUCAGAAUCGAACGCCACCGCCUGCAGAUUCGAUGUCGGGCAGCCGUCGAUCGGGCUGUCCUUCGUGUUCUUGGAGCAAGACGUGCCGUUCCGGAACACGAAUUGGUGGCAGAAGUGCGGAUUAGUAACCGAAGUGCCCUUGCUCAAAUCUGUUCUCCCUCCUGAUCCACUAAAUGAUUCUGCAUGGAAGAACGGUGGGUAUGGCAGGGGCCUUAGUGAAGGAUUCCAGUUGGCGUUGAAUCAGAGUGGGAAGACCCAGGCGUGUGAGCAGUGCGAGAAAUCGGCGGGGCAGUGCGGCCACAACCAGACGGGGGGAUUCAGAGCCUGCUUGUGCUCCGGCGGUCAUGUCAGCGCUGCUAACAAUUGCACCGCCGAUCCUUCCGGAAGAUCAAAAUGGCAAAAAGGAGUGAUUAUUAUCGGCGUCUCGGCUGCUGCUGGUCUUGGCGUGCUUGCUGCCGCCGCAAUUUUUUUCAUCGUGCGCAAGAGGAAGAAGGAGGAUGUGAUCAACAUCGUGCCCAAAUAUGGUUUCCUGCCCUUUAAAUCGAAGAACGAACCAAGGAUUGAGUCCUUUCUACAAAAGAAUGGGAACCUACAUCCGAAAAGAUACACUUACGCAUAUGUGAAAAGAAUGACAAAGUCUUUUGCUGUGAAGUUAGGCCAAGGUGGAUUUGGUGCUGUAUACAAAGGUAACCUUUCUAAUGGCAGCCAGGUAGCAGUUAAGAUGCUAAAGGACACCAAGGGUGAUGGGGAGGAAUUUAUGAAUGAGGUGGCUAGCAUUAGCAGAACUUCUCAUGUCAAUGUUGUCACACUUUUAGGAUUUUGUCUGGAAGGAUCCAAAAGGGCUCUCAUUUACGAGUACAUGCCUAACGGUUCACUUGAAAGGUAUGCCUUCAGCACCGGUAUGAGUAGUGAAAAUUCACUAAGCUGGGAGAAAUUAUUUGACAUAGCAAUUGGCAUUGCUCGAGGACUUGAAUAUCUCCACCGAGGAUGCAAUACUCGCAUUGUGCAUUUUGAUAUCAAACCCCACAAUAUUCUAUUAGACCAAGAUUUUUGCCCUAAGAUAUCUGAUUUUGGAUUGGCCAAGCUAUGCCCGAAUAAAGAGAGUGUUAUCUCCAUUGGUGGUGCAAGGGGAACAAUAGGAUACAUUGCCCCUGAGGUGUUCUCAAAGCAAUUUGGAACAGUCAGUACCAAAUCCGAUGUUUACAGUUAUGGAAUGAUGGUGUUUGUGAUGGUUGGGGCAAGGGACAAGAAAAUCAAUGCAGAUAGUGAAUCUAGUAGCCAGUAUUUCCCUCAGUGGAUUUAUGAACAUUUGGAUGACUAUUGUAUCAGUGCUUCUGAGAUUAAUGGUGAGAUCACAGAGCUCGUGAGAAAGAUGAUAGUAGUAGGUCUGUGGUGUAUACAAGUGAGUCCAACUGGCAGGCCAACAAUGACUAGAGUCGUCGAGAUGCUAGAAGGCAGCACAAGUAAUCUGGAGUUGCCACCAAAGGUACUCUUGAGUUGAUAAGGGUCCAUAUGUUCCUAAUAAAGUGUAGCUUACUGGUACAAUGGUACCAGGUUGCACAAGUGCAAAUAUUUGCUGUUCAUUGAAAAACUAAGGGUAUGAUAAGCUUCUUCUUCCUAAAACAAAACACCUCCAGGCUUUUCAAACCACAUACUCAGUAUAACACUCCAGAUAGUGCAGAGGUCAAAUCAAUCAUUUUGGAAUUCUUCACUUC